AUGUUUAUGGAUAUGCAAGAUAAGGAGCCUGUUUUUUUCAAUGAUCCACUUUGGGGACCAUGUUUAGCCUAUUUAGCUGACAUAUUUGACCAGCUUAACAAAUUUAAUCUAAAGCUCCAGGGUAAGGACACAACAAUAAUUCGCUUUGUUGACACAUUGCGUGCUUUUGUUGCCAAGAUGAAGAACUGGUCCAGGAAAGUUAGCUCUGGUAAUUUUGCUAUGUUUGAGAAGCUUUGUGAAGUGGCUGAAGGAAGAGAAGAGGAAACAGAAUCUUGCCUCCAAAAUGAAAUAAUCAGUCACCUUCAUAAUUUGUGCCAAGAAUUUUCCAGGUACUUUCCUGAUCUUGAAGAAAUAGUUCUGUCAUUUGAAUUCUGGACACAAGCAAGUGUAUCAUAUCCUAGAGUUGGGAAGCUUGGGCUAAAAGGCCUUCUAUCUUUUGCUCCUACUUACCUUUGUGAAUCAUGGUUUUCUGCCUUAUUGCAAAUAAAAACAAAAACAAGAAAUCGCUUGGAGGUGGAGCAUGAUAUGAGAUGUGCAUUAUCUACAACUGUCCCACAAAUUGAUAAACUUGUAGUUAAAAAGCAAGCACAACCAUCAUGCAUGCCAGUGCUUAACUUCAUAAGUAAAAAAGUGGAAUUUUAG